UUUUAACAUUUUUUGUACCAGCUACAUAUAGGUGGUUUGAAUAGAAAUGAAUAAAACGGCUGUUUUCGACUCGCCGUACGGCCACCGUAGAGAAAAUGUGACCGAGGUAUAACUCCAAACUAUGGUCUGUUCGUAUGAUUGGCCUCCAUGCCUUCCCCGUUUUGUCUUCUCAGGCAAAGUGACAAGAACCAACUCUUGACCAUUCUUGUCUCAUCAUUCGUCUUGGAGGACGUAGACUACGGAGAUGGAGUUCUCAUUUUUCCCGAGAGGAUCCGUGACGAGGCUCGGUACCCGCCGGACUGGGCUAAUCCUCUUUUUCCUUGGAGCAUUAUCUCUCAUCUUCAUCCUAGUUUCAGUCACUCUUACUAAUCAUCGACCAGAUUAUAAAGGAUUUUUAAAAAGAUCUGUCAGCAUGCCAAUACGAGACCAAGUCUCUAAACCAUCAAUCAGUGAUGGUGCUCAAAGGAAGCCACCGCAAACCUAUCGCCCACGUGCCCGAAUGGGGGAUAACCCCAACAUUCCCUGGACAGUUCCUGGUGCCCGAGGUGACCAUGAUGCUGCUCCUGCACAUCCUCUAGAGACAACAGCAUUUGCCAUAAACGGAAGUAUUUCGGCCAAGAAAGGACGCCCUCUCCCCUUGAACGAGGAGGAAAAACUGUCCCGUAUGUUGACAACGUCCUCACUAACCAACCAGCUACCAAACUACUUUCUUCACGGAAGUCCAGAAGCCGAUGGAGACGAGUAUAGGUUGGGGAAUGUGGCCUUUUUACAUAACGUUAAAUCGGGCGGAUCAACGCUAAAGACCAUCAUAACAAACUUGGGUAGAAAGUACAAUAUCAAACAGGUUCUUAUAGACAGCAAUACUAAGAGAAGCAUCUUCAAACAUUAUGAAAUUGACGGUAGAACACCAAGCCAGACCAUAUUUGUGGGACCGUGUACCCUUGGUAUCUGUGAAUAUUUGAAAAAUCGGCCAUGUUCAUAUUUCAGCAUGGUCCGAGAGCCGGUUUCGAGGUUGGUGUCUAGUUAUCUAUUCUGUAAGCAGAAUGGAACACAAUGUAAUCAAUCCUCGGUCAACGUUUCGCUUGAUGCAUGGGCUCUCAGCUGGGGCAGUUUCCUAUUUAGGUCAUUGAUUAUGCAUUUUCAGAGAUAUAUCCCAUUAAAAGCAGCUGCUAACCGCUUCCAGAACUGGUCUGCAGACUUUAGGCUAUUUGCUAAGGGACUUCAACAGAAAUAUCCCAACCUCGUUACGAGUAAUGCAUUACAAUACAGCAUGACGCCAAGCGAGCGACGGGCUCUUCUCGACCAUUGCCUUGCGAAUUUGGAAAACUGGUUUGCUGUGAUAGGUCUUACAGAAGAGUUCGACACGUCAUUAGAACUUUUCCAAGAAGUGUAUAAACUCCCUUUUCCAAAGUACUAUCGUGGUGUUAUUAAUGCCGGGCAAAUUAAGAAAGGACUGGACAGUUCUGAAAUUGAAAGAAUGAAAGACUCUCUGCGCAACAAUCCACACAUAAUGGAUGCGCUCUAUGAGGAUAUACAGAUCUACCAAAAAGCGAAAGAAAUUAUGAUCAAUCAAAAACUAGCAUUUGGUUUAAUGUAGAUGUAACUUAAAGUUAACAAUCCAGACAAUAUCCCUGUUGAGACAAAAUGCUUGAUAAAAAAGGGCGAAUUUCCAAUAGAUAACCAUCACAAAAGGUGUGAAGUGUAUUCUGCUAGCCAUGGGUGUCAAUCGGUAUUCUUGGUUGGGGGGGGGGGAUGAUUGACACAAAUGUUCUUGUGGAUGGGGAUCUUUUAACAUUACCCCCACUAAAAUCACAAGUUAGGACAUUUGGGAGUGGUUGAUAUGCAUGGUAUUUUUUGAAAUUCCUUCCUUGUUGCAGUGCAUUUUUUUGAAAAUUCAAUUUGUGUUACAAGUAAGCCUAUUCUAAACUCAUACGAAAGAAAAAAAUGACAAAAAUUGUCUGUACCAUGUACAUAGUGAUCUGUUUAUUGAGCAUGAUGUAUACAACUUCUCUCUUAAAUCUAACCCGACUGGCAAUAUAUUUUUUUUUCUUCUUAAUGCAUGAUGAUGAAAUGCAGAUUCGGACAAGUUAAGACUACCACAGAUUACAAAGUGUGUGGCUUCUCAUGCGCCAUCGGGCUUAUCGUCAUUCCUUAGACGAUUUUAACCCUGGAUUUUAACAUGUUUUAAAUGCUUUAUAAGUGCAUGAAACAAAAACAAACUUUAAAAUAAUCAAAACUCAACUUUCAUGUUAUGAUAUUUCUCCAACAUUUUACGGAACCAUCAGUGUGUAAUAUCAGAUAAUAUAUGUGUUAAAAUGAAAUUUACUUACCGCAUGAGUGUGCUCAUAUAGAAUGCAAAACUGUCAUCCCUUUCCAAAUUUUCAAAAGAGAUUUCUUUUUGCCAAAAUGAAAAAAAAAAUCAAUCGAGUUUAGUUAUUCAAGUCUAUAACAAUAACAAAAAUGACAUGGAAAUACAUCCGAUGUUCAUAUCCGAAGAUACGCUUUAGAGAGAAAUGAAUGAUUAAUCUUUCUAAAAUCAUUAAUUGAUUUCACUUAUUAAAAAAUUGUAAAAAUAUGAUCAUAUUAUAUUGAGCUCACUGAACCUCAAUAUUUUCAUGAGAGGUAUCUGAUGGGGUCGCAGGAUAAAAUGUUUAAUAUUAAUUACAUCCAACCGCAUACAACAGAAGCACCGUACAUAUGAGCUACUGAUCACCAAACGACACUUAUGACUUUUUAAAAGUAUUUUUUUGCAUUUGAUAUGGGCUCACUCUUUCAUGACUAUAGGCACCUCAUUUCCACAAAGAUAGGUAAUGAGGACAUCAAUGCUCUCCUGCAAAAUAUUACUGACCAAAACUUGUCGUUCAAGUCAAGGUAUUUGGAUAUACAAGUAGGGGUGACUUUCAUUUUGUGCUCAUCUUCCUUUUGGUAUAUUUUCUUGUUCAAAGGUUGACUGAAUGCCGAACUUAAUAUAUAACAAUACUACCAUGACAUAUAUCGGUAAAGUGUGUAUAACCAGGCAAAUAAAUGAAGUGAUUAGCCUAUACUCUAUAGAAACGCAAAGGUAUUUUUCAUUUUCUUUGAAUUUUCUGGGAAUGAAUAAGAAAAAGAGUGAAAUAGAACAACAUCUAUUUCAGGUAGUCUCAAUGAUGUCCGAAAAUCUUUCGCCUCAUGUCAGACCUCAUUGCAAAUUCCUCGCAGAGUUAUUCACCACUGGUGGGAUGGAACACCCUAUCAACAAAAGUUGUUUUUCGUUGGGGUCCUUUUAUGUCAUGUGUUAAAAAAUAUCAUAUACAUAAACAUUUCAUUCUUUUUCAUUUUGAACCUCCAGCCAUCUGUUUAAAAGUCCUGGAAAAGUAUGUUUUAUUUAAUAACAAAAUACACAAAUUGCGAGGGAAUCAAACUGAUUGAUAGCAUACUAUAAUCAUCACUAUAAUCAUCAUGAUCAAACUUUUCAUUUUUUCAUCAUUAUUAUAAUUUUUCUACCCUAAAUUAUUGGGGGAUGAUAAUACAGGCCACCCCCACGUGAAAUAUUGGGGGGAUAUAUCCCCCCACCCCCCCCCCCCCCGUGAUCGACACCCAUGUUGCUAGCCAUAUUCACGUGUCACGUGUAUCGUGUUCAAUUUCCAAUGUCAAACAGGUUUAAAUCGGCAAAAUUGACAUUUUACUAAGGCUUUGUUCCAAAAAGAGCUAAAUCCAUUAAAGAUAUAAUUUCUUUCUUUUUUUGGAAAUUUAUGGUGAAUGUUAGAUUUUUGAAAUCAUGACUUAAUUAAUCUAAGAUGAUAAUACUGUCAUAUAUUAUAAAAUAAAACAGCAGUGGUUAAGGGAAAGUGGUAAAUAAAAAAAAAACAUUUUACAGAAAAAUAUUAAGUGGAAGUAGCUCCUUUUGGAACAAAACUCUGAUCAUAACACCGAUGAAUGGGAAAAUUUAAUAAAACUGGCGGCUAUGAUUAAUAGUAUGAA